AUGGACCCUGACCUUAUUCCAACAACCACCACCGUCGCUGCCACUACCGACCAACACCAGAGUUCAAAAACAACAACCGAAGAGACCGAUCAAAUCAACAACGAAAUGGGUAGUGGGCGCUCCUACGAGUGCGUAUUUUGCAAACGAGGGUUUACGACGGCUCAAGCCCUAGGUGGCCACAUGAACAUCCACCGCAAAGACCGUGUUAAAACCAAGCCUAAUACCCCUUCUAAGCCUGAACCCUUCAGCAACCAUUCUUCAAAUCUUCGCCCAAUGUUGACGACGACUGCGGCAGCCACGACAAUAUCUCAUCACCAAUCUUUUCAAACCUAUUUCCCCACUUCUUCCACUUGGUGUUUGGGUACUACUACUUCAUCACCACCUCACGAUCAUCAAUUCUCAUAUGUACAUAACAACCCUCAAGUUUUGAAUACUUUCAAAGAUCAAAAUUGGACGACAACGAACAUGAGCCUCGCCUCACAGUCGUCGCCUAUCCUUGCCUUGAGUGAUCGUCGAGACAAGAGAUCAGAUCGCAAUGGUGGUGAUGACGAGGACGAUGAUGAAGAACUUGAUUUGGAGCUUCGACUCGGGCAUGAUCGGUAG